AUGUCGAACGAUAAUGAUAAGCAAAGCUUGAUUCAUAAAGGAGAAAAAGGUUAUUCCCGUUCAGAGGCACAUUCGAUUACUUACACAUGGGAAAUUGAUCAAAUAUCUUCAUUUAUUCAAUCUGCCAGGGAGGAAGAAAAAAUGGUUGAUAUAGAUUCUCCAAAAUUUUCAACUGGUGCGAAAAUAAAAGAUUCAUGGUACUUAAUACUUAGAAUUCAAAAAGAUAAUGAUGGAUCAAAAAAUAAAUCAUGGAUAUCAAUUUAUGUCUACUCAAACAAUGAAAAUCGAGAAGUUCGAACAAAGUUUUUAUUAUUUUUUCUGAAUAAGAAGAAGGAAGAAAUAUUAAUUAAAUUUAAAGUUUAUAAUCAAUCAUUGGAUCAAUAUGCGAACACCCUUUUUAACAAUUCAAAUCUUGGGAAAGGUUAUACCGAGUUUGUAAAAAUAGAUGAGUUGUUAAAAAAAAAAGAUGAAUUUUUACAAAAUGAUACUUUGACAGUUGGUGUCCAUCUGAUUGUCUAUGAUGAAUAUGUUGCGAUUAGUCAUCCGAUAAAUCCAUUGAAAGCGUCAAUACGAAAAUUAAGUGACGACUUUGAAGACCUUCUGGCUGCUAAGAAGAAAUGUGAUGUAAAAAUUCAAGUCGGUAAAGUAAUAUUUGACGCUCAUAAGCUCGUUUUAAUCACACGUAGCUGCGUGUUUGAUGCCAUGUUUUCACAUAAUAUGGAAGAGAACAAGAAAAAUGAAAUAACUAUAUCAGAUGUUGAUCCUGAAGUUUUCAAGAAAGUUCUUGAUUACAUUUACACAGACAAAGUCGACGAUCUAGACACUUUUGCUGAGGAAUUAUUAGAAGUGUCCGAUAAGUAUCAACUUCUAGCACUCAAAGAAAUCUGUGAAGAUUCUUUAUCAAAAUCUUUAUCUGUUGAAAAUUCUAUCAGGAUACUGAUUCUAGCAGAUCGUCACAAUGCAAAAGGAUUGGUGGAAUUUACUAAAAAUUACAUAGUCGUCAAGUUGGCUAGUUUAAAAGACACUGAGGAGUAUAAAGCACUGGAAGAGUCUCAUCCAGCUUUAUUUUUGGCUCUACUCAAGGAAUAUGUCGACAGAUAUAUUUACACUGAUGAAGUCGAAGAUCUAGACAUUUUCGCUGAAAGAUUAUUAGAAGCGUCUGACAAGUAUCAGCUUCAAGGACUUCAAGAAAUCUGUGAAGAUUUUUUAGCUAAAACUAUAUCUAUUGAAAAUGCUAUAAGAAUACUAAUUUUAGCAGAUCGUCAUAAUGCGACACGAUUGAAGAAAGGAGUUAUCAACUAUGUGGCUAACAAUCUAGUCAAGUUUAAAAAUACUGAAGAGUUGAAAGCAUUAGAAGAGACUCAGUUACUUUUAUUCGUCGCCGUUCUUAAAAAAUAUUCUAUUGAAUAA